AUGCACAUCUCAAGCCAAAGGAACUUAAGUUCCCCUCUUUACACUUGAUUGUGUCACGUACACCAUACAGCUAGAAAAUGGCUUCUAAGGCCAUUCUAGGGCUUUUCACUCUUGCACUUGUGCUCCUUUUAGUCCGGAACUCUUCCGCGCAGCUCUCGACUAACUACUACUCCUCGUCGUGCCCGAAUCUCUUCUCGACGGUGAAGCCUGUACUCCAAUCGGCUAUCUCGAGUGAGAAACGGAUGGGCGCCUCCAUUCUUCGGCUCUUCUUUCACGACUGCUUCGUUAAUGGUUGCGACGGAUCGGUGCUUCUAGAUGACACUGCAACCUUCACUGGUGAGAAAAACUCAAACGCGAACAAGAACUCGGCUAGGGGUUUUGACGUCAUUGACAAUAUAAAGACAGCGGUGGAGCAGGCUUGCCCAGGGGUGGUGUCAUGUGCUGACAUUUUGGCAAUCGCCGCGAGAGACUCAGUUGUCAUUCUGGGGGGACCAAAUUGGGAUGUAAAGUUGGGGAGGAGGGAUGCGAGAACCGCGAGCCUAUCUGCAGCUAAUAAUAACAUCCCUCAACCUACCUCCGACCUCAGCACUCUCAUCUCUAUGUUUUCAGCACAAGGACUCUCCGCAAACGAGAUGGUUGCGCUAGUCGGUGCGCACACGAUUGGCCAAGCAAGGUGCACCUCGUUCCGAGCCAGAAUCUACAACGAAACCGACAUCGACAGCUCCUUCGCGAAGACGAGGCAAUCAAACUGUCCAAGCACAUCAGGCUCAGGGGACAACAACUUGGCCCCUCUCGACCUUCAAACUCCGACCACAUUCGACAACAACUACUACGAAAACCUGAUCUACCUCAAGGGCCUGCUCCACUCGGAUCAGCAAUUGUAUAGCAACGGCUCGACCGACUCGCUCGUCAAGACCUACAGCAUGAACCCGACCCAAUUCUGCUCAGACUUCGUCGCGGCCAUAAUCAAGAUGGGGGAUAUAACCCCUCUUACCGGGUCGCAGGGCGAGAUCAGGAAGAAUUGCAGGAAGAUUAAUUAACUAAUUAAGGUCGAGUUAUGAGAUUAAUUAAUAAUCAACUAUAUGAGUUUGAGGAAUUGUUAUAGGAUUAUAGUGUUUUUUUUUUUUUUUGAUUUCACUCUUUGAGAAGUCGUUUGCUUGUGACUGGAGUUGCAUAUCAUAUAUUGUGUGUCUUUUUCGGGCCAGUUAACUAUAAUAAUUUGUCGUAAUCUAGUAAUAUAUUAUAUUUUAAUCAAAACUGUGUUCGCUUCA